CCCACCCCCCCCGCCUCCGGUGACUGAUCGCCCAGCGGCAGGGCCCGAGUCGUCGCAGCCACCUCAUUGCACAACCCGGCUUCCCAACUGUUUACACAGCCCGGCCUGUGAGUGUAUGUGUGUAUACAGCGUGAGUCACCGGGAGGCGGAGGAGGUGGAGGAAAAGGAGAAGGAGGAGUGCACUGGCCAGGAUCGGUGCUGCGCACACACUCACUCACACUCAGUCACUCUCUCUGAGCGCGUCUCGCUCGGGCACACUCACGCCGGGAGCCCGGAGCGCGCAGGAUCCCGAGCGCCGCGGAAAAGUUGCUCCGGCUUUGGCCCCGAGACUUAUUGCUUUGGGAAGUGCAUUUGCUCCGUGGCUCCGCCGAGCCUGCGGAAUCCUGUACUCGCUGUUUCGGAUCUCGGUAAGGCCAGCCACCGCCACCUCUGCCUCCCUGACUGUCGGCAGCCUCGACAACAAUAGCGGCGGCCGCCCCCUGCCAGGUGCCCGGAGCCGAUACCGCGGGGGUCUGAGGACCCGAGCCGGCCUCCCACCCCGGGACGCGCAGCCACGGUGGUUCUCGCGUGUACCGCCAGCGCCGGGGAGAGGCUCCGGCUUUGCCCCCCGUGGGGGCCGAACCAAGCUCCGUCUGCAAACUCCAUCCUGCGGGCUGGAAUACGUCGCGGCGCCGGCGCCGACCCCGUCGCGCCUUCCCGCGCCGAUCCGAGGACGUACAAAGCCGGGGCCGUCCCGGCGCCGGACGGGAUGCGGGUCGGUCCCGUGCGCUCUGCUAUGAGCGGCGUCUCGCAGCCCCGAGCCCCGGCCUUGCUGCUCCCGGCCGGCCGGGGCGCUCCUGCCAAACGCCUGCUGGACGCGGACGACGCGGCGGCGGUGGCGGCCAAGUGCCCACGUCUCUCCGAGUGCUCAAACCCUCCGGACUACCUCAGCCCCCCUGGCUCUCCCUGCAGCCCGCAGCCUCCGCCCGCCGCGCCCGGGGCUGGCGGCGGCUCCGGGAACGCGCCGGGGCCCAGCCGCAUCGCCGACUACCUGCUGCUGCCCCUGGCCGAGCGCGAACAUGUGUCCCGGGCGCUGUGCAUCCACACGGGCCGCGAGCUGCGCUGCAAGGUGUUUCCCAUUAAACACUACCAGGACAAAAUCCGGCCUUACAUCCAGCUGCCAUCACACAGGAACAUCACUGGCAUCGUGGAAGUGAUCCUCGGGGAAACCAAGGCCUAUGUCUUCUUUGAAAGGGACUUUGGGGACAUGCACUCCUAUGUGCGCAGCCGGAAGAGGCUGCGGGAGGAGGAGGCCGCCCGGCUCUUCAAGCAGAUCGUCUCUGCCGUUGCCCACUGCCACCAGUCGGCCAUCGUGCUGGGGGACCUGAAGCUUAGGAAAUUUGUCUUCUCCACGGAGGAGAGAACCCAGCUCCGACUGGAGAGCCUCGAAGAUACACACAUCAUUAAGGGAGAAGAUGAUGCUCUAUCAGACAAACACGGCUGCCCCGCCUACGUGAGCCCGGAGAUCCUGAACACCACAGGGACCUACUCCGGGAAAGCGGCCGACGUUUGGAGCCUCGGGGUGAUGCUCUACACCCUUUUGGUGGGACGCUACCCCUUCCAUGACUCAGACCCCAGUGCCCUUUUCUCCAAAAUCCGACGUGGACAGUUCUGCAUUCCCGACCACAUUUCCCCCAAAGCCAGGUGCCUCAUUCGCAGCCUCCUGAGACGGGAGCCUUCUGAGAGACUGACGGCUCCCGAGAUCUUACUCCAUCCCUGGUUCCAGUCGGUCUUGGAACCUGGGUACGUGGACCCAGAAAUAGGAACUUCCGAUCAGAUUGUUCCAGAGUACCAGGAGGACAGCGACAUCAGUUCCUUCUUCUGCUAAUCCCCAAACCUCAGAAACCUCAUUAAUUCUCACACAUGGCAUUUCUGUAUCUAAAGAUGGACAGGCCUUUGGGCGUGGGGCCAACCGGACCCAUGACGGCGUUAGGACCGUUGGACUCGGCGUGGCACCCCUCUUAAUGGUCCAGAUGAGUGACUGUGGGCGCGAGCAGCGUACACUCUGAUUGGCUGCCCUGCGGGGGUGUGCCGACUAUCCCUUUGUCUGAUUGGGUGGGGGUUCCACGUCUUUUAUAGGUGGCAAGGCGUAUGGAUAUCCUACAGCGUGUGAUCAAGUGAAAUGAACUUGAACACUCUAAAGGGAGAGGACGUGAAUCGCCCAAUGGCAUUUGGGGCAAUAACCUUCAUUUUUAACAGGGCGACACAUAAUUUGGGCCAAUAAACCUGCCAUCUUCGAACUUGUCUCUGAUAGCCAGACUUUCGCUACCCCAGCUCCUCUGAUCGGAAAGUUUCUGUUUUCUGGUUUGGUUUAACACUCACCCUUUCUUCCGUGUUUUUGGAGCAGACUGUUUCAGGGGCAUAGGAGCCCGCCUGGACCGUGAAUCCCGACUCUCCUCCAUCUCCUGCCAAGACCCCAUUUGCACUAAUGCUUUCUGACCUUGAAAUGUGCCCCUCCCUCCCCUUCUCUGUAGAAGCACUUACCAGCUAACUGUGGAAAAGUAUCACAAAAGUUGCAAACUUCUGGCUAUUUCAGAACUCUAAAUUCAGAGGGAGAGACUGAAGACUUUGAAAAAGAAUUUGAGCACUUGGAAACCGUGAGCUUUCUUGGUUCCCCUCAAAUAUGUUAGCAUUUAUCCUUUAGGUUUUUUUUUUACCCAAGACCACCUCAGGGUGGAACAUUGUGUCUAGGAGGAGAAAGAUAAGAAGUCUCCCCAUUCCCUCUCCCCAGAGCAAAUGUUAAACAUCUUUGUACUAAAGAGAAAGUGAAUUUUGGAUAGUCUUAGUUCUCAGACUACCCUCCGGAAUUAUGCUUUCAUCCGCUAUGGGUAUAGUCUGCAGUUUUGCAUGACGAGUUGUUAAUAUUUCAGAGGUGGUGUGCCUUAUGAAUACAUCUGCGUCAUCCGUAUCUGGAAUGAAAUAGCAAGCCCCAAAUCUUUAAAGUCGAAGGGACUUCUAACAGUCCUCUAGUUCAAGUUCUUUUCUUUUUCUGCCACCUCUCCAAUGCAGAAAUCCAUACCUGUCCCACCCACCCCCACCUCCCCACCCCCGCCCCCAGCUUCUUUCACAGGUGGGACUCCAACCUCUGCUGGAAUGCUUUCAGAGAUGGGAACUCACUACCUGCGAAAGAUAGAGCUUAACAGAGAAACUGCAAUUUGCAUUAAAAAAAACAAGUACAGAGGAAAUAAAAUAUCAGUAGCAGUCUCAGACAGUACUGCAAUCAGAUGGUUAAACGGGUAAACCAAACAUGCUGUAUUUUUAGAAAUGGCACAAAGACAGGCAGUCACCUUUAAGGGCUACGCCUAGGCAAACUACUAACAUGCAUUGUGAGAAUACCGUGCAUACCUCACGUACUGUGUACCUUGUACAUAUAUUGUACCUUUUAUACAUAUGUCCGAUUAUUUCUUGUUUUGGCUCUGAUGCUUUGUUCUGUUGUCUGUGUCUGUCUGAAUAACCUGCGUGUCUAAGACCACGUGAAAUGUGAAUGAUCGUUGGCAAUAUUACUUCGACAGAAUCAUGGGACUCGGAAGAGAGAGGACAGAGGCCUUUGUGGCACUGACGCUCUCGUGGUUGCGUGACUAUUGUAUCUGUGAUACAUGACCCGGCUGAGGACUCUGGGCUGGCUGGGGCUUCGAAACACUAGAUCCUUCCUGUACAUGUGUAUAUAUGUGAGAUGGCCAUUUCUGACUUGUAGAGAAAUUUUAAUAAAUCUGGUUUCGUAAA